GUCGAUUUCUCUUUGGUCCUAUCACAGGACAAAUGUAUUUCUGACGUACUUCCGUGCAUGUGAUGAACUGUAAUGGCAGCCCACAUGCGCAUCAAAAUUGUGUAAAGGAUACCUGUGCAAUUCACAAAAAUGUAUAAUGUUAGCUUUUACUUGAAUAUGAGACAUUUACUGAGACUUGGGCCCUCGCUGGCUCGACUAAAUGUGCGGUUGUGCCACCAAAGCGUCUGGAACAGUCAUGGAACGAUACGAAAAGUGAGAGUGGACUUCGGUGAGAAAAAACUUGAGAUCUCAACAGGGAAACUUGCCAGAUUUGCAGAUGGGUCGGCUGUUGUGCAGCUUGGGGAUACAACAGUGAUGGUGACAGCUGUCAGCAAAACAAAACCAUCCCCCUCCCAAUUUAUGCCUUUAGUGGUGGACUACAGGCAAAAAGCAGCUGCUGCUGGUAGAAUCCCCACUAACCACCUGCGGCGGGAGUUGGGCACCACUGAAAAUGAGAUUCUGACUAGUAGGCUAAUAGACAGGGCAAUCAGACCGCUUUUUCCAGCUGGUUAUUUCUAUGACACUCAGGUCCUGUGUAACCUGUUGGCAGUUGAUGGUGUUAAUGAUCCAGAUGUACUGGCCAUUAAUGGAGCCUCUGCUGCUCUAUCCCUGUCUGACAUUCCCUGGAAUGGGCCCAUUGGUGCAGUGCGCAUUGGCCUGGUGAAUGGAGAGUUUCUGGUGAACCCAACACGAAAGGAAAUGGCUUCCAGCACUAUCAACCUGAUAGUGGCUGGAGCACCGCUCAGCCAAGUGGUGAUGAUAGAGGCUUCUGCUGAGAAUGUGUUGCAGCAGGACUUCUGUCAUGCAGUCAAGGUUGGUGUGAAGCACACACAGCAGAUCAUACUGGCAAUUCAGCAGAUGGCCAGAGAAGCAAAGGUGUCCAAGCGCACUCCUCCCAAAAUAUUUUCUGCUCCCCUGGAAAUGAUUGAGCUUGCGCGACAGUUGGCCUCUGAAAAGGUCUAUGCUGUUUUCACAGACUUCACUCAUGACAAAAUUUCCAGAGAUGAUGCCAUUAAUAAAGUAAGGCUUGAAACAGAGGAACAAAUAAAAGAGAAAUAUCCUCAAGCUGAACCUUACGAGGUGAUGGAGUCCUUCAACAUGGUAUCAAAAGAGGUUUUCCGCAAUCUGGUUUUGAACGAGUACAGGAGGUGUGAUGGAAGAGACCUGACUUCAUUGAGAAAUAUUUCCUGUGAGGCGGACAUCUUUAAGCCCCUUCAUGGGUCUGCACUUUUCCAGAGGGGACAGACACAGGUUCUGUGCUCUGUAACAUUUGACUCCUUGGAGUCUAGUAUUAAAACAGACAUCAUUACUACGGCGUUAAGUGGAGUCAAAGACAAGAAUUUCAUGCUUCACUAUGAGUUUCCACCUUAUGCAACCAAUGAGAUUGGAAAGAUGAGUGGAAUGAACAGAAGAGAGCUUGGUCAUGGGGCACUGGCUGAGAAGUCUUUGAGACCUGUCAUUCCCAAAGACUUCCCCUUCACAAUUAGAGUUACCUCUGAGGUUCUGGAGUCUAAUGGGUCCUCGUCUAUGGCAUCAGCAUGUGGAGGCAGUCUGGCUUUGAUGGAUGCUGGUGUUCCUAUUUCAUCAGCUGUGGCAGGUGUUGCUAUUGGACUCAUAUCCAAGGCAAACCCAGAGAAGCCAUCAGAAAUCCAGGACUACCGAAUAUUGACUGAUAUUCUGGGAAUAGAGGAUUACCUAGGAGACAUGGACUUCAAACUGGCAGGAACAAACAAGGGUAUCAAUGCCUUACAGGCUGAUGUGAAGAUUCCAGGCUUACCUCUGAAACUUGUAAUGGAGGCUAUUCAGCAAGCCACGGUUGCCAAGAGGGAGAUUUUGGGCAUCAUGAACAAGACCAUUGCCAAGCCAAGGGAUAAAAGAAAGGAGAAUGGUCCAGUUGUCGAGAAUGUCAGAGUCCCUGUCUCUAGACGAGCACGCUUUGUCGGACCAGGGGGAUAUAACCUCCGCAGACUACAAGCUCAAACAGGUGUGACGAUAAGCCAGGUGGACGAGGAGACCUUCUCUGUGUUUGCACCUACUCCAGGUGCCAUGAAUGAAGCCCAGGAAUUCAUCACAGAAAUCUGCAAGGAUGAUCAAGAGCAGCUGCUGGAGUUUGGUGCUGUUUACACUGCCACCAUCAUGGAAAUAAGGGACAUUGGUGUCAUGGUGAAGCUAUAUCCCAACAUGAGUGCUGUUCUGCUCCAUAACUCUCAGCUGGACCACAAACGGAUAAAACACCCAAGUGCUCUUGGAUUAGAGGUUGGACAGCAGAUUCAGGUUAAAUACUUUGGGCGAGACCCAACAGAUGGUAGAAUGAGGCUUUCGAGGAAGGUGUUACAAUCUCCAGCAGCAACAGUUGUUAAGACACUGAGUGAGAAACAGAGCAUCUCCAUGGGCACAGGGGAUGGCCAAGCGACCAGCACCUCCUCUUGACUCCCCUUGUCCUCCUAGACUGUAACCAACUGUCCAUGACCAUGCAUCUUUAGGACACUCUCCAUUCACCCUGACUUCACUGAACUACCGUUUCUCGAUACUCACCAACAUCCUUCAAGCACCACUUAAUGUACUCUCAUUCUCUGCUGAUUUCAGCAAUGAGAUCAGAUGGGUGGCCAUACUAUUUUGAGUUUAUAUGCUGCCAGUUUCUGUUUAUCUAUUUUAUACAAUGUGUAAUAAAUAUGUAAAUUAACCAUGUAA